UCUCUCUCUAUCCCUCGCCAUCCCACUCACCGAAGCUCCCUGAGAGAGAAUCUAGAGAGUAGAGAGAGAAACUCCAGCCAGCGGAGCCGCUAUCUCUGACCUGACCUCCGUUACAAGACCAACUCAACAAGAAAAGUCAACUGUUCCUCUCCGUCGUUUCUCCGACAGAUCUACAAACCAGACCUUCCAAUUCAACGGUACCCAAAAUCUUUCAAAAAAAUCCCAAUUUAUUUCGUUUCCAUUUCUGGUCCAUCUUCCAGUAGUAAAUCUUAAUUACUACAUUCAACUUCGAUCAAAAUAUCGGUAGUUUCCCAAUUUUGUGUCUGUUUUGGAUUGGCAAGGGCGGAUCGGCGACCGACGAUGGCACCGAGCACGAUCCGGAAGGCGAUCGGCGCCGUGAAGGACCAGACGAGCAUCGGCAUCGCCAAGGUCUCGUCCAACAUGGCGCCGGAGCUGGAGGUGGCGAUCGUCAAGGCCACCAGCCACGACGACGAGCCAGCCGACGACAAGUACUUGAGGGAGAUCCUCCACCUGACGUCGUACUCGCGCGGGUACGUCGCCGCGUGCGUUGCCGCCGUUUCCAAGCGGCUGGGCAAGACCAGGGACUGGAUCGUGGCCUUAAAAACCCUCAUCCUCGUCCACCGGUUGUUGGCCGACGGCGACCCCGUGUUCCACCAGGAGAUCAUGUACGCCACCCGCAGGGGGACGAGGUUGCUCAACAUGUCGGAUUUCCGUGACGAGGCCCACUCGAAUUCGUGGGAUAAUUCGGCUUUUGUUAGGACUUACGCGCUGUUCCUGGACCAGAAGCUCGAAUUGAUGUUGUAUGAGAGGAAGCAGAGUGGUGGCGGAGGAGGUGGUGGUGGUGAGCUUGAGAGGUAUGGAUCGAGGGAGGAGAGGUGGCGGUCCCCGCCUAAUAGGGGAUACGAGUACGAUAACUUCGAAUCGAGGGAGGAUAGCUAUGGAGGAGGAGGGAUGAGGCGGGUGAGGUCGUCCGGAGACGUGAGGGAGAACGAGAGGAGGGAUGUGGUUGUGAUCACGCCGUUGAGGGACAUGAAACCGGAGAGGAUUUUCGGAAAGAUGGGUCAUUUACAGAGGCUUUUGGACAGGUUGUUGGCUUGUAGGCCGACGGGUAUGGCAAAGAAUAGCAGGAUGGUGUUGGUGGCGUUGUACCCUGUCGUGAAAGAGAGCUUCAAGCUGUACGCUGAUAUAUGCGAGGUGUUGGCAGUGUUGCUCGAUCGGUUUUUCGAUAUGGAGUAUUCGGAUUGCGUUAAGGCGUUUGAUGCCUACGUGAGUGCUGCCAAACAGAUCGAUGAACUCGUGGCGUUUUACAAUUGGUGUAAGGAUACGGGGGUGGCUAGGUCGUCGGAGUUCCCCGAAGUGCAGAGGAUUACGGGAAAACUUUUGGAGACUUUGGAGGAGUUUGUGAGGGAUAGGGCGAAGGCUGGGAAAAGCCCAGAGAGGAAAGUAGAGCAACCGGUAGUUAAAGAGGAGGAGGAGCCUGUACCAGAUAUGAAUGAAAUUAAGGCGUUGCCAGCGCCGGAGAAUUACACACCUCCGCCUCCACCGCCACCUGAGCCAGAGGCUCCGAAGCCUCAGAAACAAGAGACGGGGGAUUUGGUGGAUUUGAGGGAGGAGGCGAUGACCGCGGAUGAUCAGGGGAAUAGAUUGGCCUUGGCAUUGUUUGCAGGCCCUGCGACGAAUAAAGGGAAUGGAUCGUGGGAGGCUUUUCCGUCAAAUGGGGAGCCGGAAGUAAACUCUGCUUGGGACAAUCCCGCAGCAGAAAGCGGUAAAGCCGAUUGGGAAUUGGCUUUGGUGGAGUCCGCGAGUAAUCUAUCCAAGCAGAAGGCGGCAUUGGGUGGUGGGUUUGAUCCGUUGCUCUUGAACGGGAUUUAUGAUCAGGGAAUCGUGAGGCAACAUGUCAGCACUGCCCAAUUGAGCGGCGGCAGCGCCAGCAGUGUGGCGUUGCCUGCUGCAGGGAAGAGCGCGACGCCCGUUUUAGCUCUUCCCGCUCCCGACGGAACUGUGCAGACCGUUGGGGGGGACCCAUUCGCCGCAUCAUUGAGCAUUCCUCCCCCUGCUUAUGUCCAAAUGUCAGAUAUGGAGAAGAAACAACAGUUUCUUGUUCAGGAGCAAGUGGUGUGGCAACAGUAUGCCAGGGAUGGAAUGCAAGGCCAAACUAGUUUGACCAAGAUCAGUGGUGGCGGAUACUACACUCCCGGAGUUCAACCGAUGAUGCCUUAUGGAAUGCCUCCGGUGAACGGGAUGGGAGUACCACCGGCAGGGUAUUACUACACUACUCCUUACUGAUUUUUUUUUUCCCACUUGUGUUCCAUAAAUAGUUCAUUAUUACUUCUUUUGUUUCCUUUAAUGUUUCCAUUUCUUGUGGUUAUUAUUCCUUCCACUGUAUUUUAUUGCGACCUUAUUCCUGCAACUUUGUGCACAUCAAUGGGGUAGAGGCUAGGGAAUAUGAGCUUAAGAGAUCAUUGCUUAUAAGGGGAUUUGAAUGUUGGGUGAUUUGUAAUCCGAUUAUGAUGUCUCUCCAUGUUUUGUAAUAUUUGGAUUUUUCUUGCA